AUGGAGAUUUGUUUGAACUUUAGUCUUUUAACAGCUGUUCUCUCCUGUUUUAAGGUUUAUGCUCAAGUGCUGUCAAAUAAAAAGCACCCAGGCCUGGCGGUGUUGGCCACAGCUUCUCAUUACUGGCCGCUCGACGCCGUGGACGGGAUCCAUGGACUGUGGGACCAGAUUGGAAACAGGCCCGGUUACGUUAACGGGACGAACAUAACUCUCAGAGUCCACAACCACACUGUGCUUCCUCCACCUCAUAACUCUUCCUAUGUGUAUACCAAUGACUCUGCCUACACUAACAUUUCUGCGAUAGUAGCCCAGACAACCAUCGUCGGCCUCUUCUACCAUAACAUGCACAAGUACUACAAAGAGAUCAGCCCUGUCAAGACCAGGAUUAAUGAAGCAUCUGUCUACAAGAACCACCAGAUACAGGUAGCGAGCUGUCUGAUCUCUCUCAAAGUGGAGCCUUUACCAGCUUUGUCAGUCAAUCUCUCUGGAGCGCCGGUCAUCAAGAUCGUCCUCACCCACGUUCUGAGUAAAGAACAGCAGGAUCAAAUACUAAACCAGAGCAACGAAGUUUUCCUCUACUGCGCCUUCUUGGACUACAGUUCAAAUGAGGGAGUGUGGUCCAAUGAAGGCUGUGUGCGCUCCGAGGGAAACAUGUCGUACUCCGUGUGUUUGUGCAACCACCUCACUAACUUCGCCAUCCUCAUGCAAGUUGUGCCCUUGGAGCUCACUACUGACCACAAGAUGGCGCUCUCAACCAUUGGUUACAUUGGGUGCUCCAUCUCCAUCUUCUGCCUCGCCAUCACUCUGGUUACUUUUGCUGUCCUUUCGUCAGUUAGUACCAUUCGUAAUCAACGCUACCAUAUCCAUGCCAACCUGUCCUUUGCCAUCUUGGUGGCUGAGAUCUUUCUGCUCAUCAGUUCUCGCUUUGAUCCAGGCACGCUGCCCUGUAAGGUCAUGGCCAUCCUGCUUCACUUCUUCUUUCUGAGCGCUUUUGCCUGGAUGCUGGUGGAAGGCCUCCAUCUCUACAGUAUGGUGGUAAAGGUGUUCGGCUCUGAGGGCAGCAAACACUUCUACUACUAUGGCAUCGGCUGGGGUUCUCCGCUGGUGAUUUGUGUUGUAUCCAUAACAUCUGCCUUUGACAGUUACGGUGACAACUGUUGGCUAUCACUAAAGACGGGGGCCAUAUGGGCGUUUGUGGCGCCUGCUCUUUUUGUUAUUGUGGUGAACAUUGGCAUUCUGAUAUCUGUGACCAGAAUCAUUUCUCGAAUCAGUGGGGAGAAUUAUAAGGUUCACGGCGAUGCCAAUGCAGUCAAGCUGACAGCCAAAGCAGUGGCUGUGCUCCUGCCCAUUCUUGGCAUUUCCUGGAUCUUUGGUGUUCUUGCUGUCAACACACACUCGCUGGCAUUUUUGUAUAUCUUUGCUGUAUUCAACUCAUUACAAGGGUUUUUCGUCUUCUUGUUUCACUGCCUCCUCAACUCUGAGGUCAGAGCUGCAUUUAAACACAAAACCAAGGUGUGGUCUCUUACCAGCAGUUCUAUCCGAAACAUCAAUGUGAAACCAUUCAACUCUGACAUUAUGAAUGGACACAGGGAGGGUGGAAGCCCCACUAAGAUGCACACAUGGGACAAGAGCACCAACUCGGCCAACCGUAUCGACCUUUCUGCUGUGUAGAAAGUAAACUUACAGUUUGUGGCAAAACCCCGGCUGGAGAUUUGUUCGUCUGAGUCGUAAAAUAAACAGAUACUUGUUCACGCCAAUGAAAGUGAUGCUGAAGGACACACCUAAGGACAAACAGACUCGUGUGAGACUGUGCCUCACAUCUCUCC